ACCAGUCUUCAUCUAAUGUGCCAAAUUUGGAGACAGAACUAUAAUAAUCUCGUGAUAGUUUUAUUUAUUUAUACUUGAAGUAUUCGCCAAUAGCUUUAAUUUUAAGGACAAGAAAAACAUAAACUUUUUCAUGUUCUGUGAUAAUCUAGGACAGUGAACAAAUAACAAAUCAGACGUGUGUACCAAUUAUCAAACUAUCAAAUAAACCAGUGUUUCGUUAAAACUCAAAACAUAACCUCAAAAAACCAGUAUCGAAUAACACGGAAAUUGCAAUUAACAUCAGAAAGUGUUUGAAAAAAGUUCAAACGGAACAGAAGAAAACUACGUUACGAUAAUAAAAAACCGAUCCGAAAUGUCUGCGAGUGAGAAUAACAUUCCCUAUGUAUUAACCGGGGGUAUAUUUUACAUGUUCGGUCUAAAGUGGUGCUACGAGUACGCGAAAUUCUGGGUUAAUCCAAAGCGUAGAAGCGAGGAAAAAACAGGCAAAUUUGAAAGAUUGAAAAUAAGUUGCGAGAAUUUGUUGACGAGUCAUCCGAUCGAAGGAAGCCUCAAGUUGAUAGCGACGGCGAUAGGCCUCGCAGGUACAAUGACAGGUGGUUUGGCGGAUGAUCGAAUAGUAUCGCCAAAAGUCGUGCACGCAACAAUUUAUUUGUUCUUCGCUUUCUCUGGCUUGGUGGACAUUCUUAAUUUUUAUUUUCCUCGCAAUGUCACCAGUGGAUUGACUAAUCUUGCCCUAGCGCAAAGUUUCUUCGUCGAAGGUUUUCUCUUUGUGUGGGCCAGUGUGGAUGGUAGUGCUUCCGUUAAUAUUAUUCUUGCGGCUGUUGUUUGGACCACCGCACUUGCCGUGGCUUUGGAACUUGUCUGGCCGGAACUGAAACUGCUCAGAGGAUGUACAACUUUAAUCCAAGGAGGAUGGAUUGCACUCAUGAUGCAAAUGUACCAAAAUCGCACUGGACACGUGGAAAGGAUCGCUCUGGCUUUUUCCUGGCAUGUUGCAGCUGCUUUUGCGGUCACCCUCUGUGUCGUUGCUAUAACACGCAGCUGUAUGCCUCGUCUGAUUGUUGAAGAACCACCAGAAAUCCCCAUUUACGAUUACUGCCAUGAACCUAAUCAGGAGAUUUAAUCAACAGAAAAUUUUUGAUAAUCUCUCGGUGCAACGAAUCAAAGCCUUAGGCAAUAGCGUCUGUAGUCAAUCUGUUAGAAUAUAAACAUAGAAAAAGCUCUGUAAUCUCAAAAUGAUCAAUGCCCAAUUGUUAUUGAAACAUUUUACUUUGAUAUGACUGAAGGAUCAAAAUUUAAAAAAAACAUAUUUCUCAAAUGUGAGUCAUAAAAACAAUCAAAGUUUUUUGUAUAUUCAGCAUGGGAAGAAUACGAUCAUUAUCACUUUUCCAUACAUUUAUUGACAUGCAAAAAACGUUAAUACCCUAAAGUCUGAUGCUUACUCUCUAUAAACUUCUCUAUAGAAACAGAAGAGCCAUUUCGUUUUAUUGUGAUAUUACAAAGUAGAUUAUAUUUUUUUUCUUUCGUAUUUGUACGAAUUAGAUUAUAGCUCUAGCAGAUAACUUUUUAGUAUUUUUUAAUAACGUGCCUUUUGUGUUAUUCCAUUUCGUUGAAAAACAAUUUUUCGUGUUAUCUUUUAUGCUCUUUUUUUUCUCAUCUUUCAACGGUUAUUAUAUUAAAUUUUUCAGACGUUUUUCAUCCUAUCGAUUCUGGAUUAUUUAAGAUCGAGCAAAUUGUGAUGAAUAGAUUUUUUUCAGCGAUUUAAAUUUCAAUAUACAAAGUUAGUCAAUAGGCAGUUGAGAAGUGGCAGUCGAGCCAAAACCAGGGUGAAAAAAGCCUUCGUUUAGUGCCCCUCCUAUGAUAAAAGAUCAGAGUACAGCAGAGUUCUUUAACAUUUGUAUUUCAAAAUGAUUUAAAAAUAAUACUGAUAUUUGGAAUAGUUUUUCAAAUUAUUGAAUCAUGUAUGCUUUAUAUAUGGUUUACAAUUUUUCAUUCACGUGGACAAAUUGAUUAAGCAAAUAUAUUUUACCAAAAAAUGUGGAAAGACUUCAAAUUUCAGAAUUUCAAAAGACCUCUGCUGACUUGCAAACUUUUGUAAGAAGUUAUACAAUAAUAAAGCAAUAAUAGUCAAUAGAAAAUAAAAAGUGAAAACAAAGAAAGUUUGAUAAGCAUACUUUAUCGUAUAUGAUAUGCCAAAAUAUCUCUGGAUAAAAACACUGUAUUUCUCUAUCUUUAUACCGAAUGAUGUGGAAAAAACAUCUGUUAUACGAAUUUAUUUCGUGCCUCGUUAUUAUAAUAAUCAAAACUUUUUGUAAACAUUUUGAUACCCAAUUUGUAUCGUAUAUUUAUUAAAAUAGAAUCACUACGA